CUGGAAAAUGUUAUGAUGAAUAAUUUUCAAUACAAGUUGUUUGCCAACAUGACCCUGUCCAAGAUCUGCUGUAUAGGGGCAGGGUAUGUGGGGGGACCGACGUGCACCAUCAUAGCAGACAAAUGUCACGACGUGACGGUCACCGUAACAGAUCUCAGUCAGGAGAGGAUCAACCAAUGGAAUUCAGACAAUUUACCCAUUUACGAGCCUGGUCUUGACGAAAUUGUCCACAGAAGAAGAGGAAAGAAUUUAUUUUUUUCAACAGAUGUCAAAAAAGCUAUCAUAGAAGCAGAGCUUAUCUUUAUAUGUGUCAACACCCCAACUAAAAACUUUGGACUUGGUAAGGGUAGAGCAGCUGAUCUGAAGUAUGUGGAGUCUGCAGCCAGAAUGAUAGCAGAGGUGGCUAACCAGUCUAAGAUAGUGGUCGAGAAGAGCACAGUACCAGUAAAGGCAGCCGAAAGUAUAUCUAACAUACUGAGAGCCAAUCACAGGACAGGAGUGCAAUACCAGAUCUUAUCCAACCCAGAAUUCCUUGCCGAAGGUACAGCAGUCAAUGACCUGUUACACCCAGAUCGAGUUCUGAUUGGUGGAGAACAGACAACAGAGGGACGAGAGGCUGUGGAAUCUCUGUGCUGGAUUUAUCAGCACUGGGUACCGAAGGAAAACAUCAUCACAAUGAACACUUGGUCAUCUGAACUGUCCAAACUGGCAGCCAAUGCAUUCCUAGCCCAGAGAAUCUCCAGUAUUAAUGCCAUGUCAGCCAUCUGUGAGAUGACGGGAGCAGACGUCACUGAGGUCGCACAUGCAGUGGGGACUGACACAAGGAUAGGCAAUAAGUUCCUGAAAGCCAGUGUGGGCUUUGGUGGAUUUUCAGGCUUUGGUGGUAGCUGCUUCCAGAAGGAUGUCCUUAACAUGGUCUACCUGUGUGAGUGUCUGAACCUACCCGAGGUGGCAGAUUAUUGGCAACAGGUCAUCAACAUCAAUGAAUAUCAGAAGAGACGAUUUGCCAACAGAAUCAUUGAGUGUCUGUUUAACACAGUGACCAAUAAGAAAAUUGCAGUGUUUGGAUUCUCAUUCAAAAAAGACACAGGUGAUACUAGGGAGUCGGCAGCAAUUUAUGUUUGCAAGUACUUAAUGGACGAAGGUGCUAACUUGAGAAUAUAUGACCCCAAAGUCACAGAGAAGAAAAUAUUUAGUGAAUUAACAAAUCCUAUGAUGUGUGAAGAUCCAGAAAGAGUGAAUGAAUUAGUAACAACAUACAAAGAUCCAUAUGAAGCUGCAGAUGGAACUCAUGCCUUAGUUAUCUGUACAGAGUGGGACCAAUUCACAACCCUAGACUACAGUAGAAUCUAUGAGAAGAUGCUGAAACCUGCCUUUAUUUUUGAUGGCCGACUCAUUCUGGAUCAU